AUGUACGCUCGCUGUUUGAGCGCGUGCUUUUAUGAUUAAAUCUUAGUGGUUUUUCGUACGGGAGGCAUUUAAUUAUCUACUCUUUUUUUGUUUUUAGUUGGUACAAUUAUUCGAGCGAUUCGGAAGUCAUACAGAAUGAGAGUGACAACUGUUAGAAAUAUAAAAUUGGAUAUAAACAUUGAAAAUUUCAUACCAACCGGUCACUUAAAGAGAAUUGUGCUACAGGUCGUUUUCAACAAUCUUUGAAGAACGAAAUAAUGAACGUUAAAACUGUAAAAUGUCAGAGUGAAUUUAAACUUUCAAAAUGAUUGUAAAAUGGGUAAAAUUUUACAGCAAAUGCUUGGUUUUCUUUUGAUUUCGGUUCUCUUAGCAUUUAGUGAAGGCUUUCCACAGAUUAAUGACCGUAAUUUACGGAGUGGAAAUAAAAAGGAAAACUUGAUGAUUAAAGAAAUAAUCAGCGAGGUUAGGAAUAAAGCGGAGGCUAUUGAACAGGAGGACAAAAAUGAAGAUAACUACGUGUUGGAGAUAAUUGGUGCUAAAUUUAAAAAAAGAAAUACUUUCAAUCCAAAAAUUGAAAAGGUAUUUCGGACAAUCCGUGGUUUCACAGAGAAAACUAUAGCAAAUAUGUUAAAAUAUUAUUUAAAGAAUAAAAGAAGAUAUCACGAGACGAUCAUCGACAAUGCCGAUGUUAUAUUAGGUGAUAGUAAAACAAAUCAAAAGAUGCAAAAUAAUUUUACGGCAAUGCCUGUAGUUGCAUUGGCAAAGCCAGCGUCGGUUACUAAAUAUACAGGCGUUAGCAAAAAAUCUGAGGAAACAUUUGGUGUAGACACUAUCAAAAUGCCGGCACCGGCAAAAUCAAAAGUGGACCGAUGGCUUCCCGGACUUCGGAAUUACCGACGCCGGCGGUCGUUUUUCUCGGAUUUUGGAUUUGGGCUUGAGUCUGCUUUUGAAAAUGACGAUACAGAGGUUGUAUUUGGUGCUCACACUUCCCCCUGUGAUUAUGUUGACAGACACUAUUGUUUAAAUGGUGGCACAUGUGUUUUUCUUGGAGCUUUGGAGGUGAAAACCUGUCGGUGUAAGAUAGGGUACACGGGUCUUCGAUGUGAAAUGAUAAACCAAGAAUUCCUGUUAGCACUUCUUUCUGAAGAGUUUGGGUAGACCAGUGAAGUUACAGCAUUCUUGGUUUCGACUUCUAACGGGUACAAGACAUGUUGUAGAGGUUACACUAAUGAAAUAGCGUAUUUGCAUCGCUUACUACUGGUUAAAUGGCAAGUUAUUCGUUACGGAAAUACACCAAAACACAACUACAGACAGUUUAAAACACGACUACAGACAGUUCAAAACACACCUACAGACAGUUCAAAACACAACUACAGUGCUGAACGCAUUAAAUGCGAAAUUAAUCCAAAAUGUUUACUGUCAUAAUUGUAUUUUUAAGUUUUCAUUUCAAUAUAAAUUCUGAAAAAAGUGAUUUGAAUUCUUUAUACUAGUACAUAGUAUACAUAUACAUUCAGUUUACUAGUACUCGUAGAACUAUUCAUAUUUCUUUCAUAUAAUUAUAAAGAAUUUUGUGUCGAUUUUUGGAAACUUUGUAUUUUAAAACAUCCUGACUACAUUUUUGGCCAAAAUACUGAUCGUAAGUGCUAUUCCAUGCAUUGUAUUUUCAAUGUAAAUUAAUACAUUUCAUGCAGAAUUGUUUUAUUAGAGUGUAAUUGCAAAAUAAAGUUACAUACAUUAGAUAUAAUUAUAUUCAAUUACUUCUAUUAUAAAGCUUACAACCAGUGUCAAAACCCAAUGUGCAACAUGAUAUAUAACAUGUGCAUUAAAGACAGUGAACAGUGUUUGAAUUAAGUUUAAACACACAAAACUAUUUAAAGUAAUAUAUUGUGGAAAGAAUUAUACUUAUAUGUAAACAUGACCAUGGUGUAAUUGUUUUUAUUUAAUAUGUAUAUAUGAUAAACAUUGAUCAAUAAAUAAUUGUUAGUAUC